CCUCCUGCUCCUCGACCAAUCAGAUCACUGUAUGGUUUCUUUGGAUGAAGGAUGAGUGGAGACCGGACUGUUGUAAACAAAGCUCACAGGCAGUACCUCAACACUGAAGUCAGCCGAGUGCAGCUGGAGGGAUCACAGUGUACCCCGUGCUCUGGUUGUGACAGAGGAAGACAGGUGUGUCCGUACUUUUUUCAUCCCGAUAAACUAGAGUAUAAGUACUGAAAGCUGUCUAAGGCUGAGAUCUCCAACAAGUGCUGUAGUCACCUAAAUCUGAGAGCACACACCAUCAAAUGUCUUCAGAGGCAAUCUGCCAUCAACUCUCAAUGAUUGAAAGUCAAAGAUUCUGGACAAAACACAUGGAACAUGUAGCAGCCAGCACCUAAUGUUGGAUUGAGGUCUGCUGAUAGGACCCUGAUUACCCUGAGAGGGGUAUCAGUAGGGAUGGGAGACUAGUACACAGAGGGACAUCACCAGUACAAGAGGAGGUGUAUAUUAAGUGUUGUAGUGGUGGAGGAGACCCAGACCUGGUACAAUCCUAUCUACAGUGAAGGGCAUCUACUUAAAACUAGCUUGAAACUUGGCAGAAUACACAUUUAUCUGGCAUCAAAUUUACUUAAAUGUUGCAGUAGUCAAGUAUUGCGUUAUUGAUUUUCCAAAAAUAAAACUUGAAAAGAGAGGGAAAGACAUGAGAGUACUUAUAAAAAUGGUGUCGCUGCAUAUUACAGUGAUAUGAUCUCAGCACAGCCAACAUCAGCAGCAUUCAGGAAGGGUACUCUCUAAAUACAUUGUGAAAGUUGAGAGGUCAAAUGACCACUUGAACAAAACAGAAUUCUUUACCUAAAGUAACUUGUUUUAUAAUAAUUCUGAUGCUGAGAGUAAGCCAGACAUUGACUCCGACCCUAGAAACAUUGAGUUGUCUACCCAUGUUGUCACGUGAACACAAUGCGGAUCUCCUUUGUCUACAAGUUCAUUCUGCCCUGUCUCCUGAUUCUGUAUGCGUGUGUUGUUUUAGGAUUACAAUUAGGCCUUUUACAGAAGGCAGUAGUGGUCACAAACAACAAACAAAACUUCCUACGAGAAAUCUUGCCAGAGAGUUCCAAAGAAGAGGAACCUGUUUACAAACAAGAGAGUCAUUUCGGUGUAUACAACCAAAAGGACCGACGACCUUUGAAUGACCUUCACCCAUACAGGAGGGUCAAACAUGAACGACAGACUCUUAAGUUAAUGGAAAGUUCAGACGAUGGCAUGUUGUUGCUAACAAAAAGUUCGACAAGUGUAGGAAAUAUCUCGAUAUUUUCUGUUUACUAUGAUAACAGGCCAACACUCGAGCCACGGCAACCAAGUAUGAGGAUAAUAGCACUGAAACGUUUCAACAGUGUAGAGAGUUUAAUAUGCCAUUUUAAUUAUGGACACAAUACCUGGCUGAAAGUACACGCACACAGUUAUGAGAUGUGUGAGAAUCACGGGAGAUAUUACGGAGGAUGGAUAUUCUCUUGUGAAAUUCCUGAGGAGAUUUUAAACAACACUGUUUUUACAAAAUUAACUAUGUUAUCAAUAUCUAGUACUUUCCAUCCAGAAAAACGUGUAAAUUUAAAAUUAACUGCUUUUACGUUUAAAGAAUCAGUUGAAAAACUGCCAAGCAAUAACAUGAUUCCAUCAAGUCCACAUUCCCAUUUACGACCUGAAAAUUCACAUAAAAACAAGUUUGGUCUUUGUCUUCCGCCAAUAUUUGGUGACAUUUCCUUAUCUUUGUUAAUACAGUUUAUAGAAUUAUCGAAAAUUUUAGGGGCAUCCCACCUCACAUUUUAUAUAUAUCACACAUCUGACGCUGUGGAGAAAUUGUUGACAUUUUAUCAAGAAAAAGGGGAGGUAACCCUUGUGAACUGGAAGCUUUCCCCAAAGAUUAAUGAGCGAGAAAUCUGGUAUCACGGCCAACUAUUAGCUAUUCAGGACUGUCUAUACAGACACAUGGCUGACUUUGAAUAUUUACUUUUUGUGGACUUGGAUGAAUUUCUACUUCCUGUACAUAACUAUACAUGGUCAGAUAUGGUGAAUUCUCUACAAAAUUUGGAAACCAAUUCAGAUUAUAUAGCAGGAUUUUCUUUCAAAAGUGCUUUCUUUGAUCCAAAGCAAGUACCUGAUCCUUCCCAGCAGCUUACAUUCCUUCAGCUUUUACAGAGAAAUAAAGUCCUCAGCUCCGUCAGAACCAAACUAAUGGUUGCCCCCCAGAAAAUAUUCGAGCUUGGGAUCCAUCAUGUUAGUAAGACAAUACACAAAGACAUGAGAAUUUUAGAGGUGGAUCCAAGCAUAGCUAAGAUUCACCAUUACAGACCGUGCAUCAUCAAUUAUGAACCAGACAUGAAAUGCUAUUCAGAGGAACGUGAUGAAACAAUACUCAAAUAUGCAACGCAUUUAGUAGGAAAUUACCAGACUAUUAUACGCGAGACUCUCGACCUUUUUGUCCCAGAUAGGUGAGUGAGACAGGGUGAAAGAAGAAUGUAAUAUACCUAACUCCAGUAUUUUGAUAUACUACAAUAUGCCUGUAAAACACGUUUUGAUAUGCCGCCCAUGAAUCACCAAUAAACAUUAUAUGAUAAAAA